CGCACCACUGAUAGAUUAUUUCUUUUGUCGGAUCAAUCCUGUUGUAUCGCUGUGUGGAUAAACUAGCCACUGCUGUAGUGGGUAUUAGAAGGCUUAGAGUGAAAACAGUUAGUUAAAGUCAUCGUGUGGGAUAAUUUUGCAUACACACUCUUGCUUUCUGAAAUGAAGAUGAGUGCUAAAGACAUGCCAAAGUGUCUGUUCUGAUUGCCUUGUCCGUAUUUAUUUUACACGCAGUCUCUGACCAAGUGCCUCUGCUGUAUAAUGAAGUGCCAAACGAUGAGAUGAUCUCGUCAAGUCAAGAAUCAAUCCGAAGCCUCCCAGAGCUGUCCCACUACUCCCGGAAGCCUGUAACAAUAAAGACCCCAAAGUCAUGGGAGUUUCACUCCCAUCAACAGAGAAGGGAGAACUGGCUGGACACAAACAGCAUCUAUGCCAAAAAGAAAAACACAACUGGAUUACCAAGACCUGGGCAUCGAGAUCUUCUUACAAGAGAGGCAACCGACAUAACAUUAAGAGAGGAGCAGGGAUAUAUGAGAAACAUCACAGGGUACCCAGUAGUUCCUCAUAUUAGUGGCAGCGCCAGUCAUCGGAGAGGUCGACCAAUCCUUCGUCGACCAACAGCAAACACCAUUAGUCACGAGUACCGCUGGGUUCACAAUGGUCUGAAUGGGAAGAUGACCCUAACCAAUAAAAGAUACAGACAUGUCUUACCCCCACCACUAAGCAAUCACCAAGACUCUGACUCUAACCUCCAUUACUGUGAGGUGUUGGGCCAGCGGACUUGCUACCGGUGCGUAGAGGAGGCAAAUCGACAGAUGGCUGCAGAGUACCAACAGGAAGCCUUCCCAAGCCUGGAAGUGACUGCCGCUAGCUUGGUUGCUCCUAAACUCUCCAAAACACUCAUGUUAACAAGAGAUGUUCCAAGGAAAGUAGCAACUGCUCCACAAUCUCAGAUAUCUAUGAAUCCCUUUGAUACGGCAUCUACCCCUCCACCUUACAGGAUUUCUUCUGCUUUUACACAAAGUCACCAUCAGAUCAGCAUUUCCAAAGACAAGAUGGUGAAAUCCUUGAGCAAGACCUUGAAGAGGGACAACACUAUGAUGAAAGAUACUAGUGGCAGUAGAAAAACGCCAAGGUUACAAAGAACUAGAAGUAAACAUUCUAAUUCCUCACUGUCUGUGCCAAUAAAGAAAACUAGGUAGUACAAGUGAUGACAAUAUCCCUAGAGGAAGGGAACAUAUUCGAGUUUCCCACCUAUAUUUUAAACCACUUCAUUCAUGGAAUUUGUUUACUACUUAACCAAGGUGAAGUUUGGACAAAAGGGGGCAAAUCUUUUCUCAAAGGAAAAAUCAAUAUAUAAUAUUUAAAGUUGGUACUUUUAAUUGUAAAUACAAAUUGGUUUUAUUUGGCAAUCAAAAUGAUGAAUAUGUAUAAAUGUAAAAGAAAUUGUUUUAUGAAAACAAAAAACUAUAAUUGCACCACACCUGAUCAGCAAUCUUUAUAAUUUAGUAAGGCUUCAAAGAAAACUUUGAAUACUGCAGUAUAAGAUAUCCUUUCACAUAACUUAUAAAGGGCUUGGGUACUUUUUGUAACACAAAACACAUUGUCGAGGAAAUAAUUUUGGUCUCAGUUUGAGCCUGAAUUUUUU